UUCCCUAUAUAUACCCCCUCCCAACGUUUUUCCUCCCAAACCAACCAAACCAACCUUCUAACCAAUUUUAAUUCGUCACAAGUCUAUAAUGGGAAACUACAUCUCAUGUACUUUGGCCACGCCUCUGAUCAAGAGCUACAAAUCAGCAAGAGUGAUCUUCCCAAACAGCGCCGUUCGACAGUUCCGGGAACCGAUCAAAGCGGCGGAGCUCAUGCUCGAGUGUCCGGGCACCUUCUUAGCAAACUCACAGUCUCGCCACAUAGGCCGCAGAUUCUCCGCUCUCGGCGCCGACGCGGAGUUGGAGUUUGGCAAUGUUUACAUCAUGUUCCCGAUGAGGAGGCUCAGCUCUAUAGUCCCGGCCGCCGACAUGGCAGUGUUCUUCAUGGCGGCCAACUCCGCGGCCAAGCGCAUAUCCGGCGGCAAGGUCAGGAUCUUGCCCGAAAACGGCCGCGAAGGAGGAGAAAUGGUAGGAGCGGAGAGCGGGAAAGAAAGUCUUGAUGAUCAAGAUCAAGAUGGUAAAGGUGAUCAAGGUCCACUGAGAUUGAGUUUGGAUGGAGUUGAGGGGUUGCAGGUGGCAGAGUUUCAGUAUAGGUUAGCUGCCUGUAGGUCAAGGAAGCCGGUAUUGGAAACCAUCAAAGAAGAGCCGAUUUCUUCAAGAUAAUUAUGAUUUUUCUUCUUCUUUUUCCUUUUUUUUAUAAAUUAGAUAAGGGAAUUAAUAUCUUAUUAAUUUGGCUUGUAACUGUAAUGGUGGCAGUAGCUCUCUGAGGUUAUUUUUUUCAAAGAGAAGGGUGAACGGGAGAGGUAGAUUUGGUGUAAUUUGGGGGAAAUGGAAUAUAGUUAAUAUGCGUGACUUUGGUUGGUGGAUAAUUAAUCACCAACUUACUAUAAUUACUAUUGUAAAGAUUUACACGUGUUUGGUGGAGAAAAUAAAAGUCAGAUCGUAGAUGGAUGCUUUCAUUUCA